CCAAACAAAACUACCCCUUGUGGUAUGUGGGUCCAAUCUACAUUUCUUUAAAUAUUAUCUGACAACUCCAAAGCUUUCCAGACAGAUACAUCAAAAUAGCAAAUUAAUUAAAAAGAAAAAAAGAAAAGAAAGUAAAACCCAAUCCAAUCCAUUCCAUAAAAAACCCAUGCUCUCAUCCCCACAUCAUCCAAGAAUGAAGAUCAAUAGAAAAAAAAAAUAAAAAAAAAAAGACAUAAAAAUCAUCUCCUUCUUCUUACAGCUUUUUCUCUCUGUCUUUUCUUCUUUCACACUCACCUAAGUCUAACAAAGGUUGAAACUUGAUGAUGAUGAUGAUGAUGACGCUAUUUGAGUUGUAUUUAGGAGAAGACUCUCUCUUAAUUACAGAGAGUAAAGAGACACUACUUCUUCUAAGCUAAAGAAAGACUCAUUCUUUUUCUUACUGUCUCUCUCUUGCAUUUAAUGCUUUCUCAGACUCAUCGUGUAGCUUGUCCAUGUCUUUUUAACAAAUACUGAAUAAUCAUUCAUUCUUUCAUUCAAAAACACUAAAACCCACCUAUCCUUGUCUCGUUUCCUUCGCCAUUUUUAAUUUACUUUUUUCUCUCUCUCUUUCUGUCUCAAGCUCAGAUGCCAAUGUCCUGAGCUAAAGGACAAUAUAUAUCAACAAUUAAAAAUAUUUAUAUUUAUAUAUAAACUGGGGUAUAACAUUUCAUGGCAGCAGCAGCUACAACCACUAGUACUACUACUACUACGACUGCCCACCUUAAAGUUCAAGCCCAACCCAUUAGGCCCAAACGCCGAAAGUGUCGAGAAACCACAAUUUCCACCUCCGCCGCCGUCGCUGGGGUCGGGAACGGUGUGAACUCUACUGGGUAUUACCUUAAUCAUCGCCGGAAGCUUGACCCACCGGCGCCCACUGUAGUCUCUCCGGAUAACUCUUGGUGUUGUCCUGCUUCCAAGCCCACUAUUUCCUCUUCUUCUCAUUCUCAUUCUCACCCUCCUCCUCCUCCCCCGCCGCCAUCUCCGCCGGCGCAGCCUCGCCAGAGGGUAAAGGAAAUCCCGGUUAAGGAAUCAAAACCAGCGCAGCAGGUUGCCUCGUCGGGUCCGUUGUCUUCGCCGGCUUCGUCUCCUUCCUCAUUUAGGAUCCGCUUAUCGCCGGGGAGUCUCUCGCCGGUUAUGGAUUUCACGACCGCUUCUCCUACUCCAACGAGUAACUCCGUAAAUGGGAACGGUUACUCGGGUCACCACGAUUCGUUCCCCUCGAGCUUUAGCAAGUUCAAUUCGGUGCUUACGGCUGGGCUCUUGAACCCAAUGUCGCCACCGCCGCCUACUGAUAAGACCCGAUCAAGCCCGACCCUUUUCGAAAUGAUGGCGAGCGAGCCUGAUAUCCACCCCAGAACCCAGAUCCAAUCGAGCAACGUCACUGUGGCUAAUCAUAGGAACCAUACUACUAUUACGGUCCAGGACAGACAGGCCUUGAUGAUGCAGCGGAUUGCGGAGAUUUUGGGGUCUAGGAGCCCUGGUAACCAGUUCAACGACCCGUCUUCUAGUGAUAUCAAGCUCACGUUGAGCUCCCGGGAUGGGUUUAGCAUUACCAUGAAUGUUCACCGCCAGAUUCUCGUUGCGCACAGUCGUUUCUUUGCGGUGAAGCUUUCCGACAGGUGGGCGAAGCAGCAGCGAACGACGUCGUCUACGCCUCACAUUGUUGAGAUUGCCGACUGUGAAGACGUCGAGGUUUAUAUCGAGACUUUGCGGUUAAUGUACUGUAAGGAUCUGAGAAAGAAGCUCAUGAGGGAUGAUGUUCCUAGAGUUCUUGGCAUUUUAAAGGUUUCAGCUGCAAUUGGGUUCGAUGCUGGUGUUUUAUCUUGUUUGGAGUACUUAGAAGCUGCGCCAUGGGCUGAGGAUGAAGAAGAGAAGGUGGCCUCGCUUUUGUCGGAGCUCCGGCUGGAAGGGGUUGGUGCAGGGGAAGUUCUAAAGAGAGUUUCAGUUGAAGUUACUAAUGGAACUGAAGAUGCAAAUGACAAUGAGGAGGUGCUUCUCAAACUUUUACAUGUGGUUCUUGAAGGUAAAGAUGAGAAGGCGAGGAGGGAGAUGAAAGGUUUGGUGUUGAAGAUGCUGCGUGAGAAUGCGUCACAAAAUGAUCUCAGGAAAGAGUCUUUGUAUUCUGCUUGUGAUGGUUGCUUGACGUUGCUUCGCCAACACUUUAUGCGGGCGGUGGAUUCGGACCUCAAAGAAGUGAAUCAGAUUGCAAGGCAAGCGGAUAAUCUACACUGGAUUCUUGAUAUCUUGAUUGACAGACAGAUUGCUGAGGAUUUCUUGAAAACAUGGGCAUCUCAAACUGAGUUGUCUGAAGUGCAUUCUAAAGUUCCUGCGGUUCAUAGGUUUGAGAUUAGCAGAGUCACAGCUCGCCUAUUUGUUGGUAUUGGAAAAGGGCAGCUCUUGGCUUCCAAGGAUGUAAGAUGUAUGCUUUUACGAACGUGGUUGGUGCCAUUUUAUGAUGAUUUUGGGUGGAUGAGAAGGGCCUCGAAAGGUCUAGAUAGACACUUGAUUGAGGAUGGUCUCAGCAAUACGAUUCUUACUCUUCCAUUAGCUUGGCAACAGGAUAUCUUGCUUGCUUGGUUUAAUAGAUUCUUGAACUCUGCUGAAGAUUGCCCGAACAUACAAAGAGGGUUUGAAGUUUGGUGGAGGAGGGCCUUUUGGAGACGCGGUGGGGAGCAGGAAAGGUCAAGAUCACUGCGGAUUAUGAAUGCCACCAUUGAGAAUUCUUAGAAGCAGUAGUUCCACGAUUUUGAGAAUAAGUUUCAAACAAAGGCAAAAGGGUCUUGUGAUAUUGGGAGUAGUAGAAAAGGGGGUCAGCAUAGACAAGUAUCUGAAGGUAAAGUUUUUGCUGAUUUAUCCUUAUGGUAAGUUAAGAUUGCAGACUCUGCCAUUUCUAGAAAGACUAUGCUAAAAAUGUUUUGCAGGGACAAGACAAAGAUGAUUGGAGAGAAAAGCUCUGGAGUUUCAAAUCAAAAAGUCCAAAAACCAACCACCACCAACUUCAACUCAUUUUUAGUAUGUUAUUUGAUAGGAGAGUAAUAAUAUGUUUAAAUAUAGAGGAUGAUAAUUGGUAAGUAAGUAAGUAGGUCCAUGGGGUGAUUUUGUAUUUUUGUUUUAAUGAUUGUUCCAAUGUAAUUCUUUUUUUGGUUGUUGGGAUUUUGUAUUCAAAGGUAUUAACAAUGAUUUUCUUUUGAGACAA